AUGGGCGAUCUUCCCUUGCGUAACAUUCAAUUGGCACUUGACGAUGCCCACAGCAUGGGCACUUCUGACGCUGAACUUCCGAACGAUUGCGCAGUACCAGGCACCUUUAUUUGCAUCACAAAACUGGGAUACGACGCAGACCAGAUGCCCCUAGCUCUUCGACCAAAGUGCCCCUGCUGCGGUUGUCGACAGAAUCCGAUGGACGAUUUUAGGACCUCGGAGAUUAAGCGUGAUGGUUGCGCCUUUGAUCCUUGCUCGCCGUGUCACAAAAGGCUCUACGAAGAUUACAUCGACUCAUUCGCCAUUUGCGCUCAGCCUCCAACUGGUAACCUACCAAAUGACGAUGAAGCCUGCCUUCAAAAUUGUGCUCAACUCUGCCCCCAAAACUGUCAACCACCCUGCUGCCAACAGACAAAUGCAUGGAUUGAAAAUCAGUGCUAA